UUUGAGUUCUGAAACUAUUGAACAAGAAGUAUUUUGAGUACUGAAACUAUUAUCUCCAUAGUUUUCUUGUACCAAUUUACUAUUUUCUUGCUCAUUUUGCAAAUACAAUGGAUGGGAAAAAAUUAGAAUACAAAGGAGUGGAGGCAUUAAAGGAGGUUGAGAAGCUAACCAUGAAGGCUGAUGAAGUUCAAGAGAGCAUUUUAAAAGAGAUCUUAGCAAGAAAUGGACAGACUGAAUAUUUGAACAAGUACAUGGCUGCUUCAGGAUCAAAAGAUGUGUCAGAGUUUAAGCGGUGUGUACCGGUUAUUACUUAUAAUCGUAUCCAAUCCUAUAUCCAAAGAAUCGCUAAUGGCGAAGACUCUUCCCUCAUUACCGGUCACCCAAUAACCGAGAUGUUAUGCAGUUCAGGCACUUCAGCUGGAGAGCCUAAGAUGAUGCCAUCAAUUGCAGAAGAUCUUGACCGUCGAACCUUUCUAUAUAAUCUCAUCACGCCAAUUAUAAACCAAUAUGUCCCUGGUCUCAAUGAAGGCAAGGCCAUGUUUCUUUACUUUGUCAAGGCAGAAAAGCUAACCCCAUGUGGCUUGCCAGCUCGAACCGUGCUCACAAGCUACUAUAAAAGCAAACACUUCAAGUACCGAACCCCCGACCCAUACAACGAUUUCACAAGCCCUGAUCAAGCCAUCUUAUGCAACGACAGCAACCAAAGCAUGUACUGCCAAUUACUUGCCGGCCUCGUCCACCGCCACCACGUCCUCCGCCUCGGAGCUGUCUUCGCCUCCGCCCUCCUCCGCGCCAUCUCCUUCCUCGAACGCAAGUGGACCCACUUAUGCAAUGAUAUCCGUAUCGGCCAACUGGACCCCAUGAUAACCGACCCCGGUUGCCAAUCGGCCAUGUCGGUUCUGCUGUCAUCGCCAGACCCGGGGCUCGCCCGAGAGAUCGAGGAAAUUUGUGGCCGGCCGUCGUGGAAGGGGAUAGUGUGUCACAUAUGGCCCAGGGCUAAGUACAUUGAGGCAGUGGUGACGGGGUCCAUGGCACAAUAUGUGCCAUCACUUGAGUAUUUUAGUGAUGGGAAAUUACCUAUGGUGUGUACUAUGUAUGCUUCUUCAGAGUGUUAUCUUGGUGUGAAUUUGAGACCUUUGUGUAACCCUGAUGACGUGGCGUUCACACUCUUGCCUAAUAUGGGGUAUUUUGAGUUUAUACCUUUGGGAGAGAAUGGGACGAUGUUGAAGGAGAUAGAUGAUGAAGAAGUAGAGGUAGCGAAGGAUAAGCUUGUGGACUUGGUGGACGUCAGGCUUGGCUGUUAUUAUGAGCUGGUGGUUACUACAUUUGCUGGAUUAUACCGGUAUCGUAUAGGCGACGUUCUUCAAGUGACAGGAUUCCACAACCGAGCCCCACAAUUCCGAUUCAUUUGCAGGAGAAACGUCAUUCUCAGCAUUGAUAACGACAAAACCAAUGAAGAGGACUUGCACAAGAGCAUCACGAAAGCCAAAAAACUCCUACAACCCUACAAUGCUCUACUCGUGGAAUACACUAGCUAUGCUGAUACAUUAUCUGUACCGGGGCACUACGUCAUUUUUUGGGAGAUCAAACAUUGCACAUCACUAAUUGACGACCACAACAACAAUAACAACAACAAUGUUGUCACUACUACUACAAUUGAUGCAAAGGUGAUUCAAGAGUGUUGCAUUGCAGUGGAAGAGGAGCUUGAUUACAUUUACCGGCGAUGCAGAGCUAACGACAAGUCUAUAGGGCCACUUGAGAUACGGGUGGUUAAACCGGGCACGUUUGAAGCACUGAUGGACAUGUUCAUUGAUCAAGGAGGAUCGAUUAAUCAAUAUAAGACGCCGAGGUGUAUCAAAUCUAAUGAUGCACUGAAAUUGCUCAACUCUCAGGUCAUUGAUUGCUUCUUUAGCCCUAGAGAUCCUGCAUGGCAUGCCUGAAUAAUAUGGUGAUCAGGAAAAAAUUUUAUUUAGGUUAUGAGUGAUUUGUGAGGGUUUUAAGACCCCUUUAUUUUGUACAAGUGUUGGGAACAUUCAAUAGGUACAACAAUAUGUUCGUGUACUCAGAGCAUUUUAUGCUGCCAAACUUGAGCCGAGGAUCAUUUGUUCUCAAAUUA